AUUGAUCAUCAUCAUGUCCAUCAAUAAAGAAACUGUAAAAAUAUCUUAUAGUUCGAUUAUUUGUACUGAACAUACACGAAUCGAAGGUGAUGUUAUAAUUGGCAUGAAAAAUGUUAUUCAUCCAACAGCGAAAAUAAUUGCUAAAUGUGGUCCAAUUAUUAUUGGUGAUUAUAAUCUAAUAGAAGAAAAUGUUUGUAUUAUAAAUCAAACACCUGGCCAUACAAUGACCAUUGGUAAUCAUAAUGUAUUUGAAGUUGGUUCAAAUAUUUCCACAUUACAAAUUGGUGAUCAUAAUGUAAUGGAAUCUAAAUGUAAUGUUGGAUUACGUACUAGAAUUACGAAUGGUUGUGUAAUUGGUGCAAUGUGUACUAUAAAUUAUGAUGAAAUAUUACCGGAAAAUACAGUAAUCUAUGGUACAAGAUGUGAACGUCGUUUGCAACAAGAAAAACCAUCAAUUCAAUUAUCACAGAUUGAAUUUUUAGGCAAAAUUCUGCCCAAUUAUCAACGUAUUGAAAAACCUAAUUAUCGAUUGCCAACAACAAUACAAUCAUCAUCUACAACAACUACAACAAACACCGGUUGAUUCGAAAAAGAAAUGAAUCUAGG